GUUUAAAAUUAAUGUUUAUAUGACUUUUGAUCGAUUUUAAGCAAUAAAUGACUUGGUUACAGUGUGUACAUUUUUAAGUGAUAGGUAAAUUAAAAAAUGUAGUUGUGAAUUAAUGAUACCACCACAAACUACAAAAUUUAAAUAAAUAUUUUGUGAUUGAAAUGAUUAAUCAUCAGCUGGAGAAAAAUAAUGGAUUUUGACAUAUAUGUGUUGAUACCUAUAAUCUUAGCUAUCACAAUCAUGUGUCUGCUAUCAAUUUUAAGGUGUAGAAGACAUAAAAAAAAUACUGUAACGCAAAUGGCGACAACGAAUAUUUACACAGUGCCGGCAAACUACAAUGCAGUUAAUCGAAAUUACACAUCUUCCCCCCAGAAUCCUGUCUUGUCUAAUACCACAAAUUUUGGACAUCACAGGAUUUCAAGUCAAGGUGAGAGGUUCGCAGUUCCUGUUGAUUUACUUCCACCGGAUUUUGACUAUACUGCUCCAGGCGUUGAGUAUAAAGAAAAUUAUGUCUUAGUCAAAGAUCUGACUGUAAUAAACAAACCUGCAGUUGAUGAAUAUCAAAAACAGUCACCUUAUAAUCCCAAUUUCCAAUAACUUUAUACCUUAAUUACCCAUAUUUGUGUCUCUAAUAAGGUAAAAAUGUUUUUAAUUAAGUAAUUUUAUGUAAAUAUAAGAAAUAAGCUUUAUUAUUUAUUGAAUAAAUAAAAGCAUGCGCAAACAUAUUUUUUUUCAUAAAUAAUAGUAAUAAUAAUUUAUUAUUAUUACAUCUCUCUACAAUACACAGGGUGGUUCCGUUUUUAUCGACGAAAAUUCAAGAAUAGUUACAACACCGUAAAAUAAUGUGGGUUUGUGCUUAUGAAUAAUUGUUUAAAA